AUGGCUGAUUUACUUAAGCAAAUGGUCGCCCAACAGGGCCAGAGUCAGGGAAAUAACUCCGAAAACCCUGGGAGUAGUAGGGGGAACCAUGAGGGGGUGGACCGCGCUUUAGAGCGAUUUCAAAAAUGUGCACCCCCUAAAUUCAUAGGAGGACCCAACCCUGAUGUGGCGGAGGGCUGGUUGGAGCGUCUGCUGGAUAUUUUUGCCGCCUUGGGGUAUACGGAGGAGCGACAAGUAUCGUAUUCUACCUUUCAAUUCGAAGGGCCAGCUCGGGCAUGGUGGAAUGUGGUGAAAGCCAAAUGGGAACGAGAGCGGACCCCUUGGACCUGGAUUAACUUUACCAGGGAAUUUAAUGAGAAAUAUCUUCCGCCGAUGGUACAGGAGAAACGGGAGGAUGAUUUCAUUCGCCUGCGCCAAGGGGCGUUAAGUGUUGCAGAAUACGAGACCCAAUUCACUAAAUUGUCUCAUUUUGCUCCAGAUUUGGUGCUAACGGAGCAAAAGCGGAUCCGCCGCUUUGUUCAAGGGUUGAAUGUUGAGAUCCAAGAGGCGUUGACGGCUGCUCAGUUGAAUACUUUUAGUCAGGCGUUAGAAAAAGCGCAGAGGAUUGAGACAGCCCGGAGUCAAGUAAAGGCCUUUCAUGAUAAAAAGAGAAGACAGCCGUGCACUGGAAACUCUAAUGUUGGACAAAGCUCGAGGAAUGAGCCGCCCACUAAAAUGGGUAGGGGAGCAGGAGGUCCACGACCGGCGGGGACUUCAAACCAACGAAUUGCAGGAAGGUGA